AUGAAGGGUAUAUUCAACUCCAAAAAAUCACCCAAAAAGACUUCAGGCGAGACUAGUACCGAAUCUCACCGUAGUCCUCACCACCACCAGCCGCAUCUCUCACAAGAGAAGUUACAACCACAAACCCCUCGGUCGCAGUCAACCUCGCCUGUUAAGCCUUCGUCCAGCUCUUCAAAGUCGCCGACUAAAAAAACGUUACGCCCCGCAUCACCCAGCACGCGGGAGCAGCCUAAACCGCGAAGCUCUCGCACCCACGCGAAACAUUCCACCGAGCAAGGCUCUUCUCGUCGUAGCAAGAUUGACCCCAACACACAUCCUCUCAACUUGCCUCCCGAGGAGAUAAAGCGGCUUUCUGCCCAGUAUAACAUGAGCAACCGAAACUCGGUCGACAAGAUGGAUGUCGAUAAAGACACCUCCGUCCCCCCCACCUCACCACCUCCUGUGCAAACCCAGGCUUCUUUCACCGUCCCAAUCAGCACACCCCCACCUACCAACGGUGUCAAGAAUGGAGCAAGUGACGAUUCCGAGGGUCCCGUCCCGGCUCCACCGCCUCAUCGGUCUAACCCUUCCAGUCCGGUUCCAACUGAUGCCGAAGCCGCCGAGGCGCAUAAGGCGGACGGUAACAGAUUCUUCAAGCAGAAGGAUUACUCGCGGGCCAUUGCCGAAUACACCAGUGCCAUCCAACUUAUGCCAGACGAGCCUACGUAUCUUAGCAACCGGGCCGCCGCUUACAUGUCCGAUGGCCGUUUCGAAUCCGCAUUAGAGGAUUGCUCGCGAGCUGUUGAUUUGGACCCCCACAAUGCCAAAUUUCUCUUGCGUUUGGCUCGAAUCUACACUAGUCUUGGCCGCCCCGAUGAAGCCAUGACCACUUUCGGUCGAAUUCAACCUCCCGCCUCUGCGAAGGACAUGGCUGCCGCUAAGGAGAUGCAGCAUCACAUGAGAGCGGCCCAGGAUGCCCUUGACCGUGGCACUAGUGGUUCUAUGGUUCUACAUGCUUUGGACCAAGCCGAAAAGUUGCUCGGACCCGGUGCAGGCAAACCCCGAAAGUGGCAACUGAUGAGGGGAAAUGCUUAUCUUAAGAUGGGUGGCAUUAAUGCAUUGGGCGAGGCACAGAACGUGGCCAUGGCUCUUCUUAGAUACAAUAGCCAGGACCCCGAGGCGUUGGUGUUGAGAGGACGUGCCCUAUAUGCACAGGGAGAAAACGAUAAAGCCAUUCAGCACUUCCGAAAAGCCCUAAGCUGUGACCCCGAUUUCAAAGAUGCCGUCAAGUGGCUUCGAACAGUCCAGAAAUUGGAUAGAAUGAAGGAGGAAGGCAAUUCCGACUACAAGGCCGGGCGAUGGCAAGCAGCAUUUGACAAGUACUCGUCUGCUCUGGAGGUAGAUCCCGCCAACCGAGGAACGAACUCGAAGUUGUACCAAAACAGAGCCCUCUGCCGGCUUAAGCUGAAGCAGUUCAACGAGGCUAUUGCCGACUGUGAGCAAGCCAUUGCGCUGGAUUCGAGUUACACCAAGGCCAGAAAGACCAAGGCCAAUGCACUGGGCCAAGCAGAACGGUGGGAGGAUGCGGUUCGUGAAUGGAAGGCGAUUCAAGAGAUCGACCCCGAGGAUCGAUCCAUACUCAAGGAAAUACGAAAGGCCGAGUUAGAGCUCAAGAAGAGCCAGCGCAAGGAUUAUUAUAAAAUUCUUGGUAUUGGCAAAGAUGCGGAUGAGACGGCCAUCAAGAAGGCAUACCGUAAACUUGCCAUUAUUCACCACCCAGACAAGAACCCCAACGACGAGGAGGCCGCCGAACGUUUCAAGGACAUUGGUGAAGCUUACGAAACCUUGAGCGAUCCACAGAAACGUGCUCGUUAUGACAGUGGUGAUGACCUUAUUGACCCUGCUGACAUGUUCGGCGGUGGAGGUGGCAUGGGAGGAGGUAUGGCCGGUGGUAUCGAUCCCGAGAUCUUAUUCAGCAUGAUGAACGGCGGCGGAUCUUUUGGAGGCUCCCAAGGCUUCGGUGGUGGUGGCGGCUUCGGAGGCCGCACACGAGCCCAGGGCUUCCCAGGCGGAUUCCACUUCGGUUGA